GCGGGCGCUGAUGGCGGCGGGGCCGCCCCUCACGGCGGGGCCGGGCGGCCAUGGAGCACAUCAGCACCCCGAAGGUGGAAAACGUGAAGUUGCUGGAUCGCUACACCAACAGGAAGGCAGUGAGCGGGACCUUGUACCUGACAGCCACACACCUGAUCUACGUGGAGGCCUCUGCUGAAGUCAGGAAGGAAACAUGGAUCCUGCACCACCACAUCUCCAGCGUGGAGAAGCUGCCCCUGACCACGGCUGGGUACCCCCUGCUCAUCCACUGCAAGAACUUCCACGUGGCUCACUUUGUGAUUGGGCAGGAGAGGGACUGCCAAGACGUGUUCACCUCCCUGCUCAAACUCUCCCAGCCAGUGAAACCUGAAGAACUUUAUGCUUUCUCUUACAAUCCUAAAAUGUCCAAAGAGAACCGGGAAAUGGGAUGGAAACUGAUUGAUCUGAGACUGGAUUACCAGCGCAUGGGAAUUCCCAACGACUCCUGGGAAAUAACAGAUAUUAAUAAGGACUAUGAGGUUUGCAGCACAUACCCUCCUGAGAUCGUGGUGCCUCGAGCUGCCACCAAGGCCGUGGUGAUGGGAAGUUCAAGGUUCAGGAGCCGAGGGCGGAUUCCGGUGCUUUCUUACUUAUACAAGGAAAACAAUGCUGCCCUGUGCCGCUGCAGCCAGCCCCUGGCCGGGUUCAGCGCGCGCUGCCUGGAGGACGAGCAGAUGCUCCAGGCCAUCCGAGAGGCCAACCCCGGCUGCCCCUUCAUGUAUGUUGUAGACACGAGGCCAAAGUUGAAUGCCAUGGCAAACAGAGCCGCUGGGAAGGGCUAUGAGAAUGAAGAUAAUUAUGAAAACAUUCGUUUUAAAUUCAUUGGCAUCGAGAACAUCCAUGUGAUGAGGAGCAGCCUGCAGAAACUGCUGGAAGUGUGUGAGAUGAAGUCCCCCUCCAUGAGCGAUUUCCUGACGGGGCUGGAGAACUCGGGCUGGCUGCGGCACAUCAAGGCUGUGAUGGAUGCAGGUGUCUUCCUGGCCAAGGCUGUGAGGGAGGAGAGGGCCAGCGUGCUGGUGCACUGCUCCGACGGCUGGGACCGCACAGCCCAGGUCUGCUCCCUGGCCAGCCUCCUCCUGGACCCCUUCUACAGGACCUUCAAAGGCUUCAUGGUCCUGAUAGAAAAGGAGUGGAUUGCAAUGGGCCACAAGUUCUCACACAGGUGUGGCCACCUGGAUGGGGACCCCAAAGAGGUGUCCCCUGUGUUCACUCAGUUUGUGGAGUGUGUGUGGCAGCUGAUGCAGCAGUUCCCCUGCUCCUUCGAGUUCAGCGAGCGCUUCCUGCUGGAGAUCCACGACCACGUUUAUUCCUGCCAGUUUGGCAACUUCCUGGGCACCUGCCACAAGGAGAGGGAGGAGCUCAGAAUCUUUGAGAAGACCCAUUCCCUGUGGCCUUUCCUCUUACAGAGGAAGCAGGAGUUGAGAAAUCCUUUGUACAGAGGGUUUACAGCUUACAAAGAGCUUCAACCAAACACUCUACCUUUCAGUUUCCAGUUCUGGUGUGGGAUGUACAACCGCUUUGACAAGGGCAUGCACCCCAAGCAGUGUGUGCUGGAUCAGCUGCUGAGCUGCAUCAGCCAGAAGGUGACACUGGAGGACAGCGCAUCCCAGCUGGAAAACAAACUCCCUAUCCUCGACGGCCCCUUGCCCAGCAAAGGCUGCACCUCACCCGAGGCAGGAGCUGCUGCUGCCAAAGCCCCAACUCCUCCCCAGGACUGUGCAGGGGGAGCAGCCCCUGUGCUGAGCAAUGGCCCCUCCCUGGGGCAGCAGAAACACAAGGAGAGCCCAGCCCAGCCCCAGGAUCUCGGAGCCUCCCGGGAGGAUGGGCAGGCUCAGCACCAGGGCUGAGCUGUGGGAGCUGCUGGGAGAAGCUCUGGGGAGCUGCUGCAGCCCCCAUUUGCAGCUGAGUGUGAGUAGGGGUGUGCAGGGCUGGGGGAGCAGCUGCUGGGGGACACCUCCUGCAGCUCAGGUGAUGCAGAGCUGCCAGGAGCCUGCCUGGCAUUCCUGGGAGCUUGGCUUUCAGUGGGAACACGUGCAUUUCUGAGGGUCAGGGCUGCCUGCCAGCACUGCUGUUUGAGGCUGGAAGAAAUCAUGCCAAUUCCAUGAGGAGCUAGGCAGUAACUGCAGGAGGAAGGAUGUAAAUCCCUCUGUUCUCAGUGGUGGUCCAAGGUCAUCUUAGACCAAGAAAGAAUUUCAGUCCGUCUUCAAAUGAUAAAAAACCCCCCAACCUUUCUUAGCUGUGAAUGAAUCUCUGCAUGGACCCUUGCCUUGUAGCAGAAGUGAUUCAUGUUUUGUUUCCUAUGCAUAUUUGUUACACAGAACCAAACCCCCCGUGCCUUCUCUGAGACUGUGUCCCUGUCCAGCCAGGCCAUGGCUGGUUUUGUGUUGGAGUUUGCAGUGUGGUGUUGGAUCCUGUCUGUGCUCAGUGUUUGUCAGGAGGUUUUCUUCUGCUGCAGCUUCUCCUGGGUUUUUGCUGAUCCCCUGAGUUCAGCAGCUUCUUUCCAAGCUGAGCUCUUGAGGAAUCAGCUUUUCUGCACCUCCUUUGUUGAUGGCAGUGCAGCAAACCCCAGAGCCAGCCUGUAACACAUGGAUUUGUCACAGGAGGGAGGAUUGGAAAUGAGGAAACACAGGAGAACAUUUAUGUGGAAUUUUUCUCUCUUAUUUUAUGAUCUUGGUUAAAUUGAAGCGAGUUAACUCUGACAAGAGUUCCAAGGUGGAAUCAUUGAUGAGGCAGCAAUUACAGAUGGAUAACAGAUGGGCUAUGUUCUGCUAUUGAAAUGGGGCCUAAAAUGAUGAAAUCACUUGCUGGUUCUUGGGAAUGUUCAAGUUCCAGGAACUUUAGGGAUGUUUUGUCUGUCUCAUGAGCAGUAUCUCUCAUGGCAGUGAACUUAGGAAGAAUCAGAAGAAACGAGGACUUCUCUCCCUAGGGGUUGGGUGUCACAAAUGAGUGCUUGAAGGUCACCCAAAGAAUCCUUGGGAGAGGCAUCAACAAAAACCAGGUUUGAUAUAAAAAAGUGUGACUGAAUUAAUUGGCAAGGUUCACUCUGUUACUUGUUAAAUGGUUAAAGCACAUAGAGAAAAACUAAAAUAGAAAAUCAGGCAACAAACUAAAAUCAUCCACCGUGGAGGCUGGGGCUGGAAAAGGGUCAGGAUGAAAGGGAGUGAGGGAGCUUCUCCUGUUGAGUCACGAGGUUCAGAGUGGAGCAUCCUGCCAGGCUGAGCCCUGCAAUUAUCAGCAGUUCAGGCCUAAAGGUUUCCUGGCAUCAGAGGAUCAGGAGCAGAACUCAGCAGCAGCUGAGAAUCAGCAGGUAAGGAAUUGAACAAGAGGUUUAUGUAGAAUUUCCUACAAGCACAACAGGAGCUCCCUUAGAGGCUGGACUCACAAAUCCAGAGUACUCCAUAAUCCAGGAGAGCAGCAUUCCCAGCGCUUUGGCUCUGGCACAGCCCCAAGGACCAGGUCCAGGUGUAUCCCUGGGAAAAAUCCCCUUUGAUUUCCCUGCUAUAGAGAGUUGUUUUUAUCAGAGUCCCUUUCCAGGCUGGCUGCAAUUUGGGUCAGUAUCUUCAUUUGAAAGGCCAAUAACAAAAAUGUUCCACUUGGGUUGUUACUCAGGCAAGAAAAAUCCAAUUCCAGGGCUGUUGGUUAAGCCCAGGAGUUUGUGCUCCGGCCCUGGGAGCAGCCAGUGUUCCUGAUAAGCUCAGGGUGCUGCUUAUCAAAGCCUGAGGACAUUUCUGAGAUUGUGGUGUGGCCUUGGGGGCUUGGAGGAUUCACCCCCCUCAGGAAAGCUGUGCCACUGUCCUUGUUCUGUGCUGAAUUGCACAGAAUCCCCCUGUGCAGCUUUAUUCAGGAUGCUGCUCUGCUCUCUUUUCAAGCUGUUCUUUCAAUUAGGUGCUGCCAUCAAGUUUUCAAAUCAGUUUUUAUGUUUUAUAAAAAGUUUGGAAGCCAAAUGAAAAUGUUUAAGGCUUCCCAAUCUCCAGUGAAAGCAGAAACAUUCCAUUGUAACACCAGAAAGUGCAAUACCUGUGCUCAUGUGCUUUUAACCCACAGUGAAAUCACUGGGUAGAUCCAGUGUCCAAAAACCAGCCAGAACCUCCCUGAAUGGCUCGUUCUGGGUAAGAAAAUCCCUAUUUUAUAAAGCACAUGAAAGAUCCAAGGAAGAAGAGAGCACAGAGCACUGCCUGGAAUGGCAAAGAGGAAGUUUUUUAAUAUUGAGGGUUUGUCAGACUUAAACAAAGUUGUCAAGGAAGGAGUGGGAGCUACAAGAGUGCUUGAUUAAAAAUUAAACACUGGAAAUACUGAGCCAGGUGUGAGUGAUGGAUCAGCCUUGUCUUUCUGUAAUGGGCAACAUCCACCCCCAAAUCUGAGAGAAAAUGGGACAUGAAGCCAAGACAGGCACAUUUUAGGACCAGUUACUCUAUGGAUCAUCAGUUCAUUGAGUAUCUUUCAUAAUUAUCAUUAGAGAUCCCAAACUGCAGAGGAUUUUGAUUGACUGCUGAAGGACUUAACGAUACCGCUGGUUAAUUAUUGUACAAAUCCAGCUUGCAGAAGGCUCCUGGAAAUGUUUCUAUGUUGCUUUGCCUUUGGAAUUGCCAUUGGAGGAGUUUAAUAAUCUUCCCUCAUUCCUAAAAACGAUACCUCCACAAAACUCCAGUGUUACUCCAAGUGUGUACAACCACCACCAGGUUACUCAGUGUUGUAAGCUUGGAAUAAUUUUGCUGCUUUUAACUCCAGUGGCAAAACAGAACCAAACCCAAAAAUUAAUGUCUUUUAAAGCUCUUGGAUUUUGUGUGUAUGGGCUCAGGCAAAGGCUGUGGUGUAUUAAAAGCUUUUCAUGCUGAUGCUGGAAUUUAGGAGCUGGAAAAGAUUCCAGGGUUUCCUCUCUCUCCACGAGCUCAUGGUGUGAAAAGCUGUGUGGGGCUGGAAGAGCAGAGGUGAGGAGCAGUUCAGAGCCCUGUCCUGAGCUCAGCUGGGAGCUGCUGCCCAGGAAGGUGUUCCCAGCUCCUGGAGCUUCCUGCCCGGGUUCUCUGCUCCCUGCAAGUGUGCAAGGAAUGGAGAAGCUGCUGCUGCUGCUGCUGCUGGGGAAACUUCCUGCAACUGAUUUAUUCCUAGGGGAGCAGCCCUGCUUUGUGAGGUCAGAAUUCUGCUUUUAUUUGGAGCAGUGCAAUCCUCUCCCUCUGGAUUCCUGCGACCUGGAGAACUGGGAGGGAGGAGGGAUCUGAUUUAGUGCAGAUGAGCUCUGCCUGUGUAAAACUCUGCCUUUUCUGGAGCUGCUCCUGCUUCUCCAGGACAUUCCAUGGCUUCUCCAGGACAUUCCAUGGCUUCCUGCCUUUUCCCAGUGUCGCCCGUGCUACAACCAGGUGUAACCUUGUAGUGGGCUGGUGCCUGUCCUGCUCUGAAGCCCAAGAGGGACUCAUGGAGCCUCAUUUGAAAAGUCUUUAAUGUGAACUUCAUUCUGUGGGUUCCUAAAUUGGGGUUUUCCUUUGCACUUGUCACCUGUGGGAGAGGAAAUCCAGUUGGUGCUGUUUGCUCUGCAGGGAAUAAUUGGGUUGUCCAUAGUUUUAGUUCUCCAUGGUCUCCAUAGGGGUGAGGAAAAGCAGUUUGUGAAAGCUUUUAGGCCUGAUUUGCUCUUGGUCUGUUCCUGUGCUUAGUGAUUGCCUUUCCAAGUUAAUUCCUUGGAAUAAAAAUCUACCUGCUCUGAUCCAGAGCCAUCCUGACUGGGCUUGGAGGGAGCUGGGAAGCUUUGGGAAGCUGUCCCAGUCCUGCAGAGUGGGAUUUGCCAGGAGCUGAAGGUUCCCAGAGCUCCACAGGAUCUCCAGCUGGGAAUGUUGGUGUGGAGAGCCCUGGGGCUGUUGCUUCCAUCGCCUCUGGAAGCAGAGAGCCCUCAGAGGUGCUCCCAAAGCUGAGGAAAAGCCUUGGAAAGGGAAGAGCUCCUAUUGCAGGCUCCUUCAGUUCCUGGCAGACCUGGCCUUGGGCAGCCUCAGAGCCCAGAGGAGUUUCCUGGCACGAGGCAGUGCUGGAUAUCCAGGAGUGCCCAGGAGAAUUCCAGAUGUGUUUUCCUCUGCUCUGGAGCUGCUUUUAUAGGGACCUCUCCCAGCUAUUCCUGGUUUCCAUCCCUCCCUCACGCACAUCCAGGCAUUCCCUGGGGGAGAAACCUGCUCUGAAUGUCCUCUUCAUGUUUUAAUUAUCACCCAGCACGUGAUUAAUUAGCUGAGGAAGCAGGGGAUGGUAAACCUGUGCUUGGGACCAGGCAGCCAGGUGGGCAAUUCAUUAGGGCAGGUGUGCUAAUGACAUUAAUUAAUGAGUCACCCUGGGAGCUGCAGGAGCAGGGCUGAGGGGUUGUUUUUGUAUCAUUUCUGUAUUUCCAUCUAUUUAAUGUAGCAGAAACUGCUGGAGUAACUCAGCACUGGAUCCCAUCCUCCAGCUGGAUUUUCCUUGGCAUCCCUGACCUGAUCCUUGUAGGAAUGUCCCUAAAACCCCGUGUGGUGCUGGCUGGGAAUGUCCCUGUUGCUGUCUGUGUCACUGGGGAGGGACAUUUGUGGGGGAUGAGCCCCAGUUUGUGCCCUGAGGGCUCUGUGGGGCAGAACUUCAGUUCCUGCACUGCUUGAAGCUGAUCUUGUCUAGAGGAGAAUUGUGUCUUUUCUCUCUGUUUGUCCCAUGGAGUCUCUCUUGGAUUGCAGGUAUUUUUAUUCCCUAAAAAAAUAAACAU